AUGACCAUGUUGCGCUGGGAUCGCAACCUCCUGGGAUUGGAACGUUCGCUGGGCCUCCGUUCCGAGCGUGGCAUCUCCCGCCAGAGCAACAAAGACGCGCCACCCAUCGAACAACUCCUCGACAGCAUCAAACUCAUCGCCCGCCGCUGGGUUUCCGCUACAAAUCGCGAGAUUCGCACCUCUGAAGUGCUGAAACAAGACGCUCUCGGCCUGUUUGAUGAGUACGGUCCCACCAUCUGGCCGGAUGAUGAAGUUCGACCUUCCUGGCUUGAAGACCCUAGCGAGGACGCGUAUGAAGGCAGAUACCCCAAAGAUCUGUACUACAGCGAUCUCGACGAUCGAGAGGUCCUCAGUAGCUAUUUCUGCGACUUGGUCGUCGAGAAGUGCAUCAAGUAUCACGACAACCAGCUGCAGAAGCAUCGACGAUUGAGUAAAGUGCAUAGUGCGACACCAACGAAGCAGGACGUUGACAGCGAAGACGACAAUGAUGACUCUGCGCUUUUGGACAGACUUGAGGCUUCGGUAGAGGCUGCUGGCGAUCACGAGGAAGUUGAGACUUAUGCUGCUGACUCUCGUCCUACGUGGGCACCGGUCAACAAACAGCCCGAAGUGCACAGGACGCCCGAAGUACGAAAGACACCGGAAGAGGCUCUUGCGGUCGUCCCAGCUAUGCCCGCACCAGCCUCACCGGUGUCAGGCAUGACUGCAGCAAAGAGCGAGCCUUCUUAUGGCGACUUUUCGCGGUACUACGUGACUGAAGCUGAAAGUCCAGAGCCGGAAGUUCAGACUCAACCACGGCUACGAGCAUCUGCACAAACAGACAAACUUCGUGCGACCGAGGAGAGGCGAGAUUCAGCAAUUGCAGCGAAGGAUGCCAAUAGAGCAGGCAGCGCUCCAGCACAUUCCGGAUCUCCAAGUCGAAAGCGGCCUCGAGCUAUAGAUCCAGACGAACCUGUUUUCAGAGUCAAGCGGAAGCGGGGCGGCGCGAAGUGGUCAUGGAUGUUCACUUUCAAGGUUGACCCCGAGAAGUUGAGGAGGAUUCUUGCUGGUGAACGUGUUGCACCACCCAUCGUCAACGAGGAAUCCGACGAUUGGACUGAGGAUGAAGAUGAACCUUCGCGCGCUUCGACUGACAUUGACUGGCACGACAAGGAUGAGACGAAUGCAGAGUCAAAGCCCGAUCCCGAAGAUGAGGCAGAGCAACGACCAGAAGCUGACCCUGAGGCUGACACUGCUCGCGUCGGAUCUAGCCGAUCGAGGUCGGUCGCAUCUUGGGACAACUCUAGUGUGAGCGAUCAUGGCAGAGAUGCUGGUGAAAGGGAGUUUUCUCCUUCAGAGCCGGGCGAUUCUGCCACGCCUAUCGCCGAACAUGCGGCGGCUUCGCAGGACAAGGACGCCAACGCUGGUGCUGAGGUUUCUGAGGAUAUUGAAAUGACGGACGCCAACAUCGAUGACCACAAGGAUGAAGAUAUGCCGAUUGUGGAUGCUCCCGCGCCUGAUUCUUUGCCUCGGGGCGACGGUGCGAAUGAGAGAAAGCAAUCGACUGGAUCAACACUGCCUGGCAUCGCGCCCGUUCAUGACGUGAAGCGAUCGAAAGACCGACAGACCGAAGUCAACAACUUGAGAGGGAUUGUCGCCGAUGCCCUAUUCUCAGACCCGGUUGGCAAGGGUGUGAACAUACCACAGUUCUCGUCUUUUAUUGCCGACAUGCUAGAGUCUUCACUAUACGUGCUAUGUCUGAGGUCAAGCGCACCAUACGAAGUGAAAUUGGCACAGCUGAAAUCGACACUGCGUGUCGGUGGUCGGAUGAUGCAAGAUCUAAUGCGAGGCCAGUGUCGUCCUCAGGACGUGGUCGGUAUGGUCAUGGCUCUUCAACCGCCACGAAAAGAGUCUUCUACGAACGAACCAAUAUCACUCGACACGCCGCCGAAGGAUUCGAACGGCGUUGCGAGUGCGAAUGGUUCUGCCAAGUCUCCAGUUCCUGUUAAGAAUCUCGCAGGACUUGCAGAGGCGCAACGAAGAGCAAGCGAUGCUGCUGCCGGAACGACUACCUUCAUCUCACAAUCCCCUGCAAUGGCCGCGUCGAAGCUGAAACAGCCGACUAUGUCGCCGAAUGCGACGCCAGUCCGACGGCCAAGCUCUCACAGCAAGCCGGCUUCGAAGCCUCCGUCUGUGGUGAAGCCUCUUGUCACGCAGCCACGGCAUGACCAAGUCGUUGGGUUCAGAGCUUCCGUAGCCUCGCCGACAGCUCGUGCAUUUGAAGAGACACGCAUCGACGAUAUCGCGCCACUUCCAGGUAAUCCUGCAAACUUCAGGCCAUUGUCUGCAGCACCAACACAGGGCAAGUUCCAGAUUGCGCCACCAAACACACACCGAUGUGUUUGUCAGAAGCAGCCAUCACCAUACGAUAAUGGACAGCUCAUCCAGUGUGGCAACUGUAAGGUCAUGCAGCAUAAGAUAUGUAUGGGCGUGCCUACUGUAUUACCGCGAGGUCAUCUAUACUGCUGCGAGCAGUGUAGACCAGAUGCGCAUGUCGAGACAGUCAAGGCGUUGCAGCAGGGUCACAGAAUAUGGGAGAUCCGCGCCAACAACUUCGCCCUAAGCCAGCAAGCGCAGCAGAAACGUGUUAGCAACAGUCCGCAGGUGCAAGCACCACCGCCUGCACGGAUCUUGUCGAGUAGUGUUGUGCCCGGUCAUGCUCACCCUGAGCCACGACCUCCAACGUUGCCGAGUCAGAGUCCGAGCGUGCAACCGCAGGUCGUCAGCUUCGGUAAUAGCUUACCUUCACAGCAUUUGAAGCAAGUCAAUAAGCCAAGGGUGACACCUACGCCGCCAUAUCAGACGGAGAUCAUGAGCCAAGAGUUGGGUAGGCGAAUCAUGGGUGACAUGAUGCAGAUGCCGGUCGUGCAGCUGAUCCUACAGGCUGGAUCGAGCUGGACGGAGGAUCAACUGCUUGACCUCAAGGCUGCGCUGACCGAAGCGCCGGGAGGUGGCAACGACCUUUCCGUGCUUGCUAAGCAUCUCUUCAAGAGUAGACAUGCGUUUAAGCAAGACAUUACUUCCAUGAAGCAGGAAUCAACAGGAGCCGGAGACCCAGACGCACUGGAGUUGGAUGUCGAAGUCAACUGGAACCGAAACCUGGACUUCAACGACAGUAUUCCAAUGCCAGAUGCCACCACAGCCGAAGACUUCUUCCUCCAACUCGAAGCAGAACUCCCAGACGAGAUCCGGGACGAACAGAAGACCAUUAAAGAAGUCCGAGUCAAAUCCCUAACAGAGCUGAAGUGCGGACCAUUUUCACGUAUCGUGCGAGGCAAGGCUGGUGAUGCUGGUCUCCGCUCUGCGAGGAAGAAGCUCAAGUCGCUGGGGAAAGAUGUGGAGCCCGAGUUACAGUUUUUCGUUGUGUGGCAGGAUAAAGUGAGGACUGCGAGUGUUGGUGCGUAG